UUUAUUUUAGCUAAUUAAUCCCAAAGCCAUCUAUCCGUCCUCCAAAGCUAAUUCUUUCCCUUUCCUCCAAAAGAAUGGUCUUUUAAAACCUCCUUCCAACAACCCCUCCCUCACACACAAAUCAAACGCCACAAAUUUUGGACUUCCCAAUUUCCAACUGGUUUUUUUAUUGGGGCAUAGUAGCAAAUGUUGAGUUUGGGGUUGUGAGAUUGUUGUUGUUGUUGUAGCAUUGAGGGGGGUGGUGGGUGAUAGAUACAAUGCGGCUGUUCUCGUCCGCGAGCUCGAGUUUGUCAAAGGAGCAGAGAAAUAAUCGUGCUCUUUUGUAUCUCAAUGUCUAUGAUCUUACCCCUAUGAACAAUUACCUCUACUGGUUUGGGCUUGGAAUCUUCCAUUCAGGCAUUGAAGUGCAUGGAUUGGAGUACGGAUAUGGAGCACAUGAGUACCCAACAAGUGGAGUAUUUGAGGUGGAACCUAGAAGUUGCCCUGGUUUUAUCUUUAGACGGUCAGUCCUUUUGGGCAGCACAGACAUGUCUUGUUCAGAAUUUCGAUCAUUCAUGGAGCAUCUUUCUGGGAAAUAUCAUGGGGACACUUACCAUUUGAUUGCCAAGAAUUGCAACCAUUUUACUGCUGAAGUCUGUAUGCGGCUCACUGGAAAGCCUAUUCCUGGAUGGGUGAACAGGCUCGCACGAUUAGUUUCAGGUUCUUUCUGCAACUGUCUACUGCCAGAAAAUAUUCAGCUUACAGCAGUCAGACAUCUACCUGAUCAUCCAUCAUAUCCUGAUGAUGGAUCAGAUUCCGUUGGAUCAUUAGAAACAGCAGAGAGUGAAGAGGAAGAGUUGGAUCAUCAUCUGCUGACGGUAACCAAUGGUGACGUGGCAUUUGUGAAGGAAAAACCUUUGAGGCUAGCAAGAGAGGUCCUUUGAUACUUAUUCAUUUUCCCUCCAAUUCAUUAAUUUCCCAUCUUGGGUCCAGUUGUUUGUAGUGUAUCAUCUCUAGUGUGAGUAAACAUGCGUCUCAAUUAAAUUGUCUGAUCUCAACAUUUGAUCUUGGUACAGUGAUGAUUCAAGACUUGGUUGUUUGCCUAUAUUGUUGCCAUUAUACUUGGUCUUUCAUGUUGUACCAUGAAAGGUUUCAGCAUUGCAGUGUAACCCUUUGUUUUUGAAUUGUUAAUAGUUGCCUUUAAAUUCAAAGGAAAAAGAUUGGAGUUUUAAUUAAA